AUGCGAUUGCAAAACACAACACAUCCACAAGGACACCAAUCAACUUUGAUUUCUACGAGCAAAUGCUCAACUCAUCUCUUUCUUCUUAUUUUGGUUUCUUCCUCUCCUUCGAACAUCGAACGGAGGAAAGACAUUCGCAGAACUUGGGGAGCUGACAAUUCUACGAAACCUCGGUGGAAGGCAUAUUUUCUUAUUGCUCAAACGCGAGACAGAAACCUGUCGCAAUCGCUGCUACACGAAGGUGACGCCUUCGGAGAUCUUAUUCGAGCAGAUUACUUUGACGAUUAUUGGAAUCAAACCCUAAAGAUACAAAUGGGUUUUGAAUGGGCUUCCAGAUAUUGUAAUUUCUCCUUUCUUCUUAAAAUAGAUGAUGAUGUUUUUGUGAACAUGAACGCUUUACUUUCCAAUUUAACUAAUCGUAGCAUGCCUAAGUAUAAAUUGUACAUGGGAUUGCUCUGGCAAAAAGUUCCAGUGAGAAGAUAUAAAGGAGACAAAUGGGAAGUGACCAAAGAAGAGUAUGAACCCGACUUCUACCCCGAUUACUGCCCGGGGUUUGGAUUUGUCCUCUCCUUCGAUGUGGUCCAUUCGUUUGUAAACUUAUAUCAAGUUGUAAAGCCGUUUAAAAUUGACGAUGUUUACGUUGGAAUGCUCGCGGAAAGAGCCGGUGUAAAUGGAACAAAUAACCACGGAUUCAAAGAAAAACCGUCUCCUCCUAUCGUCCCUUGUACUUUUGAUAACACAACGUUGUUAUGGCAUGGUAUAACAGGAGAGUGUCUAUUCAAACUUUUU